AUGAAUUUGACAAAGAAUGGAUUCCGUUUCAACCUAAACCCUGAUGGGGUAAACUCUUUACGUCACAAGAUUGACUCCAUUCCUAUCGCCUAUCAUGGACCAAAGAUAAACUGGUCAAAAGCAAUUUCACUAAAAAUUCGAUGUUUUACUUGGAGGGCAGUUUUGGAUAUACUUCCAAUGGCAAGAAAUCUCGUGGGUAGAGCAAUUAAGAGAUCGGCGGUGUUGUACUGUAAAGCCGAUUCGGCUAAGCUUUGUUUGUUCUGCGACAACGCCGUACACUCUGCAAAUGCUUUAUCUCUCAAGCACUUCCGUUCUCAGAUCUGUGACAACUGCGGAUCUGAUGCCGUUUCCGUCGCCUGUUCAACUGAUAACCUUCUCCUCUGCACCUCUUGUGAUCACGAUUUCCAUGGCGACUCCUCCGUUUCCUCUUAUCACAGUCGUGUGCCUGUUGAAGAGUUCUCCGGUUGCCCUUCCCCUCUUCAGCUGGCCUCGAUUUGGGGAUUUAAUCUAAAACCUUCUGGUUCUAAUGGCAAUUCGUGUGAAAGUAAGUAUUCCACUACGAAUUUUCAAGAUUUAGCGACGAUACAUGAGAAAACUCCUUGUUAUGAUGAGGUUCCGAGCGUUGACUGGAAAUCUAGAGGUUCGGGUUGCGGAGUUCAUAAUAAAGUUUUGUUUAAGCAGCUGGUGGAGCUUGCGAAAGAAAGAUUUGACGGGGAUGGAGCUGAAUUGGGGCCUCAAACCCCGAGUGGAUGUGGUCGGCGGGAUAUUUCAGAAGGUUUCGAGUAUGAGGAACAAGACGAUAAGGAUCUGUUGCAUCAGCAAACUCCAUUAACGUAUCUGCUUAUGCCGCCCCAGAAUCCCGCGAAUUCGAAAGCGAAUAAUGGGGGUAUCACUGAAUUUAGUAACAUGUGGAGCUAUAGCCCUAAACGCCAAACCAGUCAGAUAUGGGAUUUUAAUCUAGGAAGAUCAAGAUCUUCUGAGGCAGGAGUUGAUAAUCUUGGCUUUGCAAUAAACAAUUGUACUGACCUUGUUGAGGAUGCUUCUUUCACAACAAUGGAAGUGUUAAAAGAAAUGGAUGCCAUAAACAUAUCUUUUGGCACCACAUCACAAAAUAAGCAGAUAUCAGGUUGCAUAUCAACUAUGGAGAGUGACAACCGACCUGAAACACAAAUGAUGGAAACCAAUAGAAGUAAUCCCACAAUUGACGGUCAAAUGAUGGAACACUUUUUAGCAACCAAUCAAGGAAUGGAAAUACCCGCAACAACCAAAGUAGACGCGCAACAACUUGCCCAAAAUAGAUGUAACGCAAUGUUACGUUACAAGGAGAAAAAGAAAACCCGAAGGUACGACAAGUGCAUCCGGUACGAGUCACGGAAGGCGAGAGCGGAUACGAGAAAACGAUGGUUUGUGGUGGAAGUUAGUUUGGUAAAAGGUUGGGAAAAGGUGUGCUUUGAUGCUUGA